AGGGAGGGGUCGAUUUAUAUCAAGAAUAGCGCAAACCGGGAACGGUGGUGGAGGAGGCGGUUUGGGUUUCCCUCUCCCUCCUCUUUGGCUAAGCUUAGUUUCAGAGCUGAAAGAAAAUGUUCCUGGUUGGCCUGACAGGUGGGAUUGCUUCAGGGAAAAGCACAGUUGCUGCUGUGUUCCGUGAACUUGGGUGUCCGGUUGUGGAUGCUGAUCAGAUAGCAAGACAGAUUGUUGAGCCGGAUUCUCCAGCAUAUUGGGCAAUAGUUCGCUCGUUUGGUGAGGAGAUCCUGCUGGAAGACAGAAAAAUCAACAGGGAAAAACUGGGCAACAUCAUCUUCUCUGAUGUGGAGAAACGUCAGCUGUUGAAUUCCAUCACUCACCCAGCAAUCCACAAAGCCAUGCUCAAACAAAUCUUUAAAUACUUUAUACGAGGAUACCGCUAUGUUAUCCUUGAUGUUCCACUGUUGUUUGAGACUAACAAGUUGCUCAGGUUUAUGAAGCAUACUGUUGUUGUCUACUGUGAUCCUCAGAGCCAGCUGACCCGGCUGAUGAAACGAAAUCAUUUAACGCAAGUGGAGGCAGAGCACCGCAUUGGUGCCCAAAUGCCGUUGGAGCAGAAGCGGAAGCUGGCAAACCAUGUGAUCAAUAACUCUGGAGACAGUGCUAGUACUUACCGGCAGGUUUGCAAACUGCACUCUCAGCUUGAAGACUCACUGGACUUCUUAGCAGUCCGGUUACUAGCUUUGGUCACUCUGACCGGAAUCGGAGGCCUUCUCUGCAUGUUUAUAAAAAGGUGCAUUUUUUAAUAUGAAGAUUUGCUCCAGAUCAAACUAAACUCAGGACAGGUGCUUCAUUUUUCCAUGAGAAGAUCUUUGUAAGAUUGGAAUGUGAAACACUGGUUGGAAGUGCUGCUUGCUGAACGAUCUUCAGUUAUACCUCUUUUCCCCUUUGUUCCCAUGAUAAUUGUGGUUAUCUUUUAUCUAUUUCCAAUACUGCAGAGACCAACACUGAAGAAACCAUUGCCUAAAUUAUGAAUAGUCAGAAUCCUGCUGCAAAUUUUGGGGCUAAAAAAAAUCAAGUAAUGGAUUUUUCAGGGUGUAGACCUAUUUGCAGCAUUGUUGUUCACUGCAGCUUUUACCAUUAUUUGGAUAUCAAAGGCAAGUGACUGGAUGCUGCUUACUUUGUUUAAUCUAAGUGACCACUGGAGAGAUAUUUCUGAAAUUGAUCUUUUGUAAGUUGCAUCCUCUGACCCACUGAGAAUGGGCACCAUUGCUGCUCUUUAACUGUAAUAACUGAGAUGAAUCUGAAGCAAGACAAUAUUAUCGCAGUAAGUAGACAGCCAUGACUUUUGACCCAUUGCCAUCUUGUUAUGAGAGAAGUGUGGCUUGCUCACAAUAUAAAUAAUAUGGUGGCUCAAUGUGGGAUUUGUCACUUAACCACAACUGCUGUGCUGGCCGUGCUUUCUUUUUGGUUCACUGCUGUCAUAUACAUUUGACAGUCAGGUAAGGUGGGUGUUGUCAGAUAGUGAUGGUUAAUUUUAAGUGCUGGGCUUUAUUUUAUCCAUUGGGUUUCAUUCUAAUGAUAUCCACACAAAGUUUAAAAUUUUGAUAUAUGAAAAGGCAGAGAAAUGAAUGUGUUCUAAAUUCUGUGUCACUAUGCACUGGUUGAGAACUGUGCUGAUUCCUAAGUAGUCUGCAAGAAUGGAUGAAGCAACAGCAACCACGUACAAUAUGAACAAUUUUGUAAUAUUAUAUGGAAGAAUUUCUGUCUUUUGAUUUUCCAUUUAAAUAAAUGAUGUAGAAAGCCCUGACACAUGGAUUUUUCUGCCGAGUUGACAUUAUGCAAAUAUAGUGUGUACCAUUGACUUUUUAGGGCAAUAACAUCUCGCCCUCUGUCCUAGUUGACUGUAUCCAUUAAAGCUGAUACAAAUCAGGCAAAGUGAAAAGUAGACUGCCACCCUGCCAUGAUCCAGUUUACCCUGUUGCCAGUUUCACAUCUAAACUUGCUUGGAGCAUUUUUGGUCAUUAUUAUUAUUUUACUGAGUAUCUGUCAUGUUGUUUGGACUGAAUAAUAGAUUGGAUAAGACCAACAGGUUUCCAAUCAAGUAAAGAUUUAUACAUUCAUCUUGAUUUUUCAAUAAGAUACUUCCCUUAUAUUGCCACCAUCUCCAAAGUUUUCCUUCCCAUUGAACUAGUCCCCAGGAAGUGGCUUCCCAGGUACUAUCAUUCUCCACUUACAUGCCCAAGUAAUCAUUCUUAACCUGAGUGAGACCGCCAUCAAGCCAACUGCGGGCAACUUCACAUCAGGCUGCCAUGUUGCUAUUGGCUAACAUCAGAAUGCAUAUUUCCAUCAGUGUUCCAAAUUAAUGGUUAUUCCAUGAUAACAAGGUGUGGAGCUGGCUGAACACAGCAGCCAAGCAGCAUCUUAGGAGCAGGGAAGCUGACGUUUUGGGCCUAGACCCUUAUCUCUGAUACAAUGGUUAUUUCAACCUUGCCCACCACCACCACCACCACCCCAAACUCCUGGGAAGCUGGUGUCUAUGAUAAGACGAUUUACUGCUAGCUGAAAUUGGCUAUCUCUACUUGCACCAACUCAGAUUUUUUAGAGAAGUAUAAGAUGUUCCUACUCAGAAAUAACACAGCUGUAUGAGUUGUCUUCUCAUUCAUAAGACAGCCCAUUUGCAAGUCAAAGUUAAAAGUUCUAAAUUGUCAAAAUGUGCACAAGUGGAUCCAAUGAUAAUGAAAAUCCUUGCCAUUUCAGUUCAGGCACCAUUCUUGGUUUCAGGACAAAUGACAGACAGAAAUUAAAAUCAAACAUUAGGGCUUUGCAGCUUCAGUGUCUGUCAAUCUCGUUUAAACUCCAAAACAUCCUCAGGGUAUAGAGACAUAGCCCUGUUUCCCACAUGUGCAUUCUCUGUAACUACCAUCAUUGGAAGCUUUUAAUUGAGUUUCAUUCCUAAAUUUGUCUUUGUAAAAUGUCUGACUUGCGUAAAUAAAGCCGCGCUGUCCUGCUUUUGAAUUAGUUUGAAAGGAAGGGAAUUUGAGGCUGAAAGAUUGGUUGAAAUUAUUUUGCACUUUGCUGUUGUCGUUUCUCUUAAACUAGUCUUUAAGCAACAGCCUCAUUGCCGUAUCUGUCAUUGUGGAUAUCAUUUUGAACUAUUGUGAGCUGAUGACAUUUGGCACUUUCUUUCCCUUGAGUGUAACAACAGGACAAGGUCUGCUGUGUAAUCAGAUCAAAGUGAUGUAGGCAGGCCCCAUUAUCCAUGCCAUGCUGAAAGAUCAACAAAUGUGGACAAGUUUCAAUGCUAAGAAGUCCUGUUGGCCCUUUUUCCUAAGUAUUAAGUCCCAGUUUUGCUGAAUUCUCAGCAGCUAGCUUUCAUUCAGUGACCUCCUUCUACAGCCUACCUGGGAUGGACACUGAAUGCUGCAAACAGAGAGUUUCACACAUAUCAUGACAAAACACAGUUCAGACUAAACAAUUAUCAUUUGUCAUCUGCUGAAAGAGUCUCAAAGCUAAAUACAGUCUGAACUGUUUUCAUGUAUUGCAGUACGGGGAGACGGUGGCUACUAAUUUGUGUACGGCAAGAUUCCACAACUACUAAAAAGAAAGUGUUCAAAUCAGUUUGUGUUUCUGGAGCUGCUAACUGAGAAAGAAAGAUUAACCAAAACAAGUGGAGAUCUCCUUCAUCAUUCUUUGGGUCUUUUACAUGAGAAUCAUAGAAUCCCUACAGUGUGGAAGCAGGCCAUUUGGCCAUGUUAAAAAAAAGUCUGCACUGACACUCUGAAGAGCAUUCACCUCUACCCUAUCCCUGUAACUCUACAUUUCCCAUGGCCAAUCCAUCUAGUCUACACAUCACUAGUUACUAUGGGAAAUUUAGCAUGGCCAAUCCACCUAACCUGCAUGUCUUUAGACUGUGGAGAAAACUGGACGACACCCACAGAAACACAGGGAGAAUGUACCACCUCAUUCACAACAGCAAACAGACAGGCCACAUCUCAAGUCCCAUCUGAUGCCUGAAUACUGUCAUGACCAUGAUUGCUCUGUAAACAGUAUUUAAACUUUAGAGUCACUUUAUGCUUUGGGCCCACACUGAAACAGGGUACUUGUACGUCUGGAGCUUGCAGGGGCAAUGGAUACAGCAGAUUCUUCUGAUCAAUAUUUAUCAAUCAGUCAAUAGCCUCACUAAUAUAGAGUAUCAGUUCAUUACCUCGUUAAAGUAUGCAGAUCCUGCUUAUGUCACGGUUGUCUGCUGUGUCUCUGAUGAUGUAGCCGUAAUUACUGAGAAUUUAUUUAAUUGGCUGUGAAAGCCACCAUGGAAAUGUAAGUGCUUUGGUUCUUUUUCUAUUUACCUUUGGUUACCUUGGUGCACAACAGCCCUGUCAGAGAAAGCGAAUAAAUUGCACCUCGCCUUGGAAUCAGUGAA